AUGGCCCUGUCCACUGAUAGUGGUCUAAGGGUGUCCCCUCUCACGGCCCCACAGGGCCUGCGGCCGGGGGCGGCCAUGGAGCCCUGCCCCGAAGAGCAGUACUGGGACCUGCUGCUGAAUAGAUGCAUCUCCUGCAAAGCCAUCUGCAGCAGCCAGAUUCCAAGCACCUGUGCAGCCUUCUGCAAGUCACUCAGCUGCCGCAAGGAGCAGGGCAGGUACUACGACCACCUCCUGAAGGAAUGUGUCAGCUGCGCCUCCAUCUGCGGACGUCACCCCAGGCAAUGCACACACUUCUGCGAGAACAAGCUCAGGAGCCAACUGAACCUCCCGCCAGAGGUCAGGAGACAGCGGUCCGGAGAGGCCUUGACCCGGGCAGACGACCUGGGGCGGUACCAGGGGUCAGAGCACAGAGGCUCAGAUGCAGAUCCAGCCGCCCCAGGGCUGAAGCUGAGUGCCAACCAGCUGGCCCUGGUCUACAGCACCCUGGGGCUCUGCCUCUGUGCCGUCGUCUGCUGCUUCCUGCUAGCCCUGGCCUGCUUCCUCAAGAGGAGGGGCGACCAGGGGUCCUGCCAACCACCCGCUGGGCCGUGUGGGACGCAGGUCAAGGCCUCCCAGGAUCACUGGAUGGAAGCAGGCAGCGCUGCAGGGGCGCCGCCCGAGCCGGUGGAGACGUGCAGCUUCUGCUUCCCGGAGUGCAGGGCGCCCACCCAGGAGAGCGCGGGCGCGCCCCCGACACCAGGGCCCAAGCGCGCGGGGAGGUGGCCGCCCCGCGGCCAGAGCUCGGCCGGAGAGCCCUGCGUGCGCGUCCCAAACGGCAGCCUCGGCGGCAUCGAGGUCAUGUGCACCCCGGCGCAGGAAGGAGGCCCGGCCACGUGAACCUGGGGGCGGGGGGGAUGGUGAGGAGGAAGAGAAAUGGAGGGGUGGGGAGGAGUGGGCAAAGAAGGAGACAGUGAGAGGGAGAGAGAAAUGAUGGAGGGAAGACACGGAGGAGCGAGAGGGACAGGGUGGGGGGAACACCUGGGUGGGGGCCGUCUUGACCCCAGCUCUCCACUACGGGUCACCGUCACCUCAGCACACCUGCAAUAAAGGCACCCGCGCCUGCUGGACACAGCCCUGGGGACCCUUCGCAGAAAUAAAACCUCCCACGCUG